UGCACCGGCGCGACCAUUCCUUGUCCCGCCCGGACCGUACCAAGUCCGUUUAACUCUUCGAACUGUGAUCUAAAUUAUCACGGAAACGGACCAGACGGGUUGUUGUCGGUGAUUUCUGCCCUCAGAGAAGCUGACAGUGCGGCUGGUGGCGGUAUUUGGAUAGACUCGUGUGGUUACAGAAACCCGACCGGCGGUUGGUUCAUUCCCAAGAUGGCGGCCACCAUGAAGAAAGCGGUAGCGGAGGACGUUAACGUCACAUUCGAAGACCAGCAAAAAAUCAACGUGUUUGCAAGAAGCACCAGCAGAGCGACGGAGCUGAAGGAUGAGAUUGAGGUUAAGAAGAAGCAGCUUCGUAACUUGGAGGAUGCCUGCGAUGACCUCAUGAUGUUGGACGAUGCGCUUCUCGUUCCGUAUCAGAUCGGAGAUGUCUUUAUAAGUCAUUCCCAGGAGGAAACACAGGAGAUGCUGGAAGCCGCAAAGCGAGCUCUAGAAGAGGAGAUCGAGGGGUUACAGUCUCAGGUGGGAUCCAUCCAUCAAGUUCUUGCCGAUCUCAAGGUCCAGCUUUAUGCCAAGUUCGGAAACAACAUCAAUUUAGAAGCGGAUGAAAGUUAAAUAAUAAUAUAAAUAUCCCCCCCCCCGUUCUCUUUUUAUAUUAUUGUUUGCAAAAAUAAAACCUGAAAGCUC